GCCACGCCGCGCUGGACGAUCGAGGACAGCCGACGACGUUUGCGGAUAGCCGCAUAGGCUGUGCCUACAUCACCGCGGAAAAUUACUCGCCGGGAGCCUGUCUUCCAGCAAGGUGUCCCUGGCCGUGACUGGCGGCCGCGGUGGCCACCAUGAGCGAGCGGCCGGUGGCCGGCAACGCGGCUCACAGCGGCCGCAAGCCAUGCUCGCGCUUCCGCUUCUACAACCUCGGCUACUUCUUCUCGCUCAGCGGACUCAUGGCACUCUGCGAAAUAAUCCUCGGGAUGGCCAUCUAUGCGCUGCUCUGGGACUCGGCCAACGAGCUGGACAAGUUCCUGGUGACCGUGGCCUUCCUGCAGUGGAUGACCGGCCUCUACAUACAUGCCACGAUUGCAUUCUGCGCAACGGGCGCCCGGAUAAGAGGCCUUCUACUAUAUUUGCUGCACCACGGCGUCGGAGCCAUCUUGUACCUUGGCGGCGCCGUUACCACCUUGGUCAGCUCCAUGUACACGCAGACUGACGACAUCAUUCGAACGGCAAGUGUGAACGCGACAGGUGAAGCGGCCCCGCGUCGCUUUAACGAGCGCCGCUUACUCUUCCAGAGCCUCGCCCUGGGUGCGUCGGCGCUGCACCUGAUUCAGGCCACGCGGUACCUGCUCAAACACAGGCCCGGUGCCGAGGGCACUGACGCAGCCGACGAAACCACUUGUGGCUUCGUGGUCGAGACGCGCAUCGCCAAAUUCAAAUCGAGGCCUCCACCCAUACCACCCGUGCCAGUGCGCAUCGACUCGUCGGCCCUGCAGACGCGCCGGGACUCGAGCGCAGUGGCUUCAGUGGCCGCCCGCAGGGAGUCCACUGCCGUGCCCUCGCGGAGAGAGUCCAGCGUCGCCUACCCAGAAUACCUGUAACCUCCCGCGCCCCGCUAUAGUUCGCCCGUUCACUGGAUGUGACAUGUGAACGGACUUUUGGUAUUCACAUGCACACAUCGACCACCUCAACACGGACUGAGCAGCAUACGACUCGAGCAGCCAUAGCAGGAGUUUUUCGGUGAACGAGUUUAAUCGUUCCAUCGACACUGGCAGUUCUCCAGUGUUCUGGUGAUUGCGAGCACAAAGUGCGCUAUUUCUUUCUUUCUUUCUUUCUUUCUUUCUUUCUUUCUUUCUUUCUUUCUUUCUUUUAGAAUUCAUCUCGAAAAAGAGCCUAUGUGGAGAUGAUAAUGGAAAAAUAUAACCCAUAACCUUUACAGCUACUUCUGCGCAUAAAAAGAGGCAUGCAUACAUUACACGCCAUACGCUCACAGAUGCGUUUCAUGGCAGUAACACUGCAAUUCCAAAAGAAUAAUCUACGGGUUAACACGUUCCGCUGGGAAAAUGCCCUUUAGUUGAACAUACACUCACUAACCCACAUUAGUUACGCUUAUCACGCACAACACGUUUUCCUUUUGUCACGCAUAUUGAAUCUUAGUGUCGCAUUUACAUCUCCCAGGGCAUUGAGAACAAGCCCGUGCAUCGCAUAAAAGGAAAGGAAAAAAAAUGCAAUCUUUGUAACCCAGCUUUCCGUGCCCAUAAACAUAUCUCUAGUACGUGGUCCCAUAUCCAUUUCCUUUCCCCAGCACAGGGUAGCCAGCCAGUCUGAGAACUGGCUAACCUCCCUGUCCUUCCGUUUUUCUUUUCCUCCUUCUCCUCUUCCUCCUGCGUUUCUAAACUACUGGGGAUUAUGUAUUACGGGAAACUUAACUCGCGUUCUCACAUAGAACUCAUUGCAACGAAGGGGACGUGAGCCGUUGGGAUACUGCGUAAAAUCAGAAACCGGUACUCGGAUAUGCAUUAGGGGCGCACUCAUUAUGAUCUACUGUAUGCGUGUACGACCUGUCCUGUAAGUUGGAAGUGUUUUGUUUUCUGGACGGGCAGCACAUAGAAUAAAGCUACUUCUUCAUUUAGAAUGGAAGGCU